UAAACUCACUGCACAGAAACAAGUGCUGGUUCCUUUAACAUUGGAUGUACUCUAGUAAGGCACCAAAAGCUAGUGUGAGGGGGACUUCACUUCGCAGCGGCGUCUUUCUCCAGCAUCGUUCCGGAUGGCACUUGAUGUUCAGUUGAUUCUUUAAAACGAAAUUUGAGAUAGUUUAUUCGGUAAAUGCUUGAUUUAUAUUUCGAGAGAUUGAAUUAACCGUUGACAUUUGGAUGCAUUGCGUUCCGUACCCUCCCUGAAGCUCAAGCUGUGGUAAAGCAUUUUCAACUACGGCCGGUCGGCCGCAGGAGCAAAGGGAAGGAGGGAGAGCCCUAUUUUUUUUUGAGAAUAAACUGAAAUAGAUAGGCUGAAAUAAAUUCAAGCUAUUUGUCCAUUUCAAGGCAAGAAAGUACUCCAAGGAAACGACAAUUGUUCACAUUUGGAGGAAUUGGACCACUCAUUUUCUUAAAAGAAAAGUAGAGGAUAAUUUCCAACUAUUUUGGAUGCGGAUAUAAGAGAAGGAAUCAAUGCCCCAUAUAACUGGUACCGCAAGGAUAUACGGAAAGGGGACCGAUUUUAAAAUGGUUAUUGAGUGAGUAGCCUGGUCGAUACGCGCAUAUAGCAGGUUAUUUCUCCCUAUACCAGCGUGCAAGAGGCUACCCCAUAUUAAGGGCUACCCGCGGAAGCGCAUUGCUAUAGAAAACCGGGGCUUGCAUUGCACAAACUGCUGCCGUUUUUUCCCUUACCGCUAAAGCCAACCGAGUCUACACCUGUUCCAUAAGGAGAAAAUACCAAAAGAGAUAUAAAGAGAAGCACUGCUAAAACAGCAAAAACGUCGAUUGAUGUUGAAGAGCCAGCGUGUCGGCAGCAGUGAGACCCAGCAGAGUGGUGAGGGUGGUGUUUGGAAUGCGGAGAGCCGUGUAGGAGCUAAGUGGGCACCUUACCUUAACGCCAUCUGCUUCCUGUGCCGCUUCAAGAUGGAUUAGAGCCUUUACGCCUCCAGAGAUCAAAGGUGGCUGUGACAGGGGGACCCCCGGGGCAGGACCCAUGAGGAGUCAUAGAAGAUGCUCGCAGCCUGGGCGCCUCUGCUCCUCUUAGCCAUGUGGGUGAGAUGUACCUCCGCUGGGCCGCUCUCCUUCAGAAUAGCCGCCAUACUUGACGACCCAAUGGAGUGCAGCCGGGGUGAGCGAUUGGCCAUCACUCUGGCAAAGGACAGCAUCAACCGGUCCAGUAACCGCUCCACAACGGGAAAGCUGGAGGUGGACAUCUUUGAGCUACUGAGAGACAGUGAAUAUGAGAUGGGAGAGACCAUGUGCCAGAUCCUGUCUAAGGGAGUGGUGGCAGUCCUGGGUCCCUCUGCCAGCCCUGCUUCCAAUUCCAUCAUCAGCAAUAUCUGUGGAGAGAAAGAGGUUCCCUAUGUGAAAGUGGCCCCCGAGGACAUUCUGAAGGUUCAGUUCCCCCGCUUCACCACCCUGGACCUGCGCCCCACCAACACAGACAUCAGCCUGGCCGUGGCUGGCCUGCUCACCUUUUUCAACAGCACCACAGCCUGCCUCAUCUGUGCCCAGGCCGACUGCUUAUUAAAUCUGGAGAGACUGCUACGCCAGUUCCUCAUCUCCAAGGAGACCCUAUCGGUUCGCAUGCUGGAUGACAGCCAGGAUCCCACACCCCUUCUCAAGGAGAUUCGCGAUGACAAGACUGCCACCAUCAUUGUGGAUGCGAACGCCACAAUGUCCCACAUCAUUUUGGAAAGGGCGUCGGAGCUGGGCAUGCUUUCCGUCUACUACACCUACAUCUUCACCUCGCUGGAAUUCUCUCUGCUGCGAUUGGAUGACGUGCCCAGUGAGCGGGUGAACAUUCUGGGCUUUUCCGUCUUCAACCGAACACACCCCUUCUUCCAGGAUUUCCUCCUCAGCCUCAACCGUUCCUGGCAGGAAAACUGUGACCACGCCCCCUUCGCCGGCACACCGCUAUCGUCGGCGCUGCUGUUUGACGCAGUGCAUGCGGUGGUGGCGGCGGUCCAGGAGCUCAACCGUAGCCAGAACGUGGGCGCCACGCAGCUCUCUUGCAAGUCCUCCAAGAUCUGGGAGCAUGGCACCAGCCUCAUGAACUACCUGAGGAUGGUAGAAUUGGAAGGACUAACGGGCCACAUUGAAUUCAACAGCAAAGGCCAGCGGUCCAACUACGCCCUGCGGAUCAUGCAGAACAGUAGAGACGGCCUAAGGCAGAUUGGCCAGUGGCACUCAGAGCAGGGCCUGUCCAUGGAGAGGAAGCUUCCAUCAAUCAACGUGACAGACACUCUCUUCAACACCACCCUCACCAUCACCACUAUUCUGGAGAACCCUUACGUGAUGCUGCGACCGAACCACCAGGAGAUGGAAGGGAACGAGCGCUAUGAGGGCUUCUGUGUGGACAUGCUGAAGGAGCUGGCGGACAUCUUGAAGUUCAAGUACUGCAUCAAUCUGGUGGGGGACGGGGUGUACGGGGUAUCGGGGACCAACGGUACCUGGACGGGCAUGGUGGGAGAGCUCAUCUCCAGGAAAGCGGACCUAGCCGUAGCGGGGCUCACCAUCACCGCGGAGAGGGAGAAGGUCAUCGAUUUCUCCAAGCCUUUUAUGACCCUGGGAAUCAGCAUCAUGUACCGUGUGCACUUGGGCCGCAGACCUGGCUACUUCUCCUUCCUAGACCCUUUCUCCCCUGGGGUGUGGCUCUUCAUGCUGCUAGCCUACCUGGCAGUCAGCUGUGUGCUCUUUCUGGUUGCCAGACUCACCCCCUACGAGUGGUACAAUCCCCACCCCUGCCUGAAGGGGCGCUGUAACCUCCUCAUCAACCAAUACUCGCUAGGCAACAGCUUCUGGUUCCCCGUGGGGGGGUUCAUGCAGCAGGGGUCCACCAUCGCCCCCCGCGCCCUCUCCACGCGCUGCGUCAGUGGAGUAUGGUGGGCGUUCACCCUGAUCAUCAUCUCGUCCUACACGGCCAACCUGGCUGCCUUCCUCACUGUCCAGAGGAUGGAGGUACCCAUCGAGUCAGUGGACGACCUGGCUGAUCAGACGGCCAUCGAGUAUGGCACCAUGCACGGGGGCUCCACCAUGACCUUCUUCCAGAACUCACGCUACCAGACGUACCAGCGCAUGUGGAACUUCAUGCACUCCAAGCAGCCCAGUGUGUUUGUGAAGAGCACGGAGGAGGGCAUCGCCCGCGUGGUCAACUCCAACUAUGCCUACCUGCUAGAGAGCACCAUGAACGAGUACUACCGGCAGCGCAACUGUAACCUCACCCAGAUAGGAGGUCUGCUGGACACCAAGGGCUACGGCAUUGGCAUGCCAGUGGGGUCAGUGUACCGGGAUGAGUUUGACCUUGCCAUCCUCAAGCUGCAAGAAGACAACCGUCUAGAGAUCUUGAAGAGGAAAUGGUGGGAUGGUGGCAAGUGUCCAAAGGAGGAGGAUCACCGUGCCAAAGGACUAGGCAUGGAAAACAUAGGCGGUAUCUUCGUGGUGCUGGUGUGUGGUCUGCUGGUGGCCAUCUUCAUGGCGGUGCUGGAGUUUAUGUGGUUUCUGCGGCAGACGCCCGGAACAGAGCUGUCGGUGUGUGAGGAGAUGCUACGGGAGCUCCAGGGGAUCGUCCUGUGCCGGGACAGCCUACAGCUGAGGCGUCGGCGGGGGACAACCAUGCUCCGUCCUCGCUCCCUGCCCCUGGAAGAGCGCCGGGCAAGGGCGGCUGCCGUCAGCCUGAGCAAUGGCAAGUUGUGUGGCGCUGCCGCCGGCCUGCCCCUCUCCGAGCCCCUCUCCCACAGACUGGCGCAGGAGGCGGCUUUGGUGGCGCGUGGCUGCAGCCACAUCCGCAUCUGCCCCGAGUGCAGGCGCUUCCAGGGGCUGCGCGCCAUGCGUCCCGGGGGAGGCCCCAGCCACGGCGCCUCGCCCACCCACAGCGAGGAGAGCAUAGAGUGGGAGAAAACGACCAACAGCAGCGAACCCGAAUAACAAUGACCCCCUCCCCCUUGACCUGGACAACCCUUUUUACCUACCUAGACCACCACACACCCACUGUACCCAGUAGGCACAUCUCCACAAGGGCAACGGGGGGCAUCAUGGGAAGGUCAUGUGGUACUGUGACAGGAGCUGCCUUGAUCCUGGUGUAUUUGAUCUGGGAGGACGGUGGCUGGGGCGUUGGCUUUGGCUGUGGAAAUUCUGGGCACGUCCCCCCUGGAAGGGAUCUUUGAGUUGAGUGGCGCUCUGGAAUGAUGCCCUGGGCUUAGUGUUGGAACUCCCGUUGUACAUGUCCAUAGAGACUUACCAGAGGAAGUCCGUGAGGUGGGACACGACCUCUCUGUAUGGGCUGUCUGUCUCGAAGGCCCUAUGCCCUGUCUAGGAUGUGAAGGACACAGGUUACGGGGCAUUUGUACUAUGCAGUAUUUUCUGUCACUCGUGCUAAUUGUUGAUUUGUUUAUAAAUUAUUUGUCCUUUUGUUGUGUUCUUGAUAUUGAUCAUAUUGUUACUCUUCUAUUGUUCUCUGAUACGAUACAAUUUUUUAUUUUCCCGAGAACUGUGGACAUUAUUGCCUUUUCAGAGCUACAAACAGAGAACACAUAGAAAAAGACUUCCAAGUGCCGACAAAACCGAGGAUAUUGAGCGAUGGGAAAGCACCACGGCGUUGAGACGACGACGACAAAGAGAACUGAACAUGAAGACAAACACAAUGACUUGUUUUAUAAUAGUGACCGUAUUCUAUAUGGAACAUGUGUUUGCAACAUAUUUCCGAAAGACAGCAACGCCAUGUCAGCAGGUGUGAUGCUGAUGAUUGGAGGGGAGAAUGAGUUUCCCGUUCAAACAAUUUGCCCAGAGACACAAAGAACCCCAAUGUAAUCAGAAAUAGUCCUCAUUCGUUCCCUUUGCGCAUGUGUGGGCCCUGUCUCUUGAUAUUGCCCCCAGAUCACAAGUCAUAAACAAUACCAGGAACCACAACAUACCACCAUUUUGAGUUUCUUUCCAUUGUCCACUGUGGUAUACAGUAUCAUAUGAAUCCCAUAUACUGUAAGAAAUUGGUAUUGGUUUGCUAUUUCCAAUUUGUGCCCUCCAUUCCCUCUGUUCAACUCACUCUCUUUGUCAUCGUGCUGCACCAUUGCCUCGACAUGACUCAGACACAAUCUCUGCGGCAUGCACUACACACUCAUGCACACGCACAGAAAUGCACACAGUCACACAUGCAGGCACACAGGCAUGUGCACACACACACGGACUCAUCGCACACAAACAAUACACGCAGCCAAUGCAGAUAGUCACACUGCAGAGGUAGUCACACUGAGAUGGUGGUAUUGGGAAAAAUUCAACACAUUCCAGAACAAAUUAAAACUCCCAGUAAAUGUUUUCUACAGGAAUUUUACUCUGAUUUAUUAAAGACUCCACCCAAAAUGAAACAUUGUCUGACUUUUUCAUAAGUCUGAGGGGUUUGAAGUCUUUUAUGUGACAUUUGUUCCUGGGAUCCCCAUUUUGUAAAUUCCACAAAUAUAAUUUCGAAAAAGGAUAUGGUGCCAAUUAUUCCCAUUAAUUUAGGAUAUAGGCCUGCAGAUUUCCCAAUGAUAACAAACCUCAAUUUUGGGGUGAGCUAAUCCCUGUAACCAUCAGCAGAGACCGUAUUCAUUUGGCACCAAACGGAACAAAAAGGACUGAAACAGGGAGGGCCUACUUGAACUUGUCCAAUAAGAAACAAUCAUUUGAAUUUUCCUUUGCCAUUUUUUCUUUUUUUUAAAAAGCGUUUUCCAUCACAUGCCUUAAUUAAUGAAUACAAUCCUUGUAAUGAAAUGAAGGCCAUCCCCGUCCAGAUUGGAUUUGUAGGAGCAAAGCUGUACUUUCUCCAUGUGUUCAUUCAAGUUGAUUUAGUCAAUGUACCAUAUCGCAAAUUCAUUGAUGUGGCAUGUAGUGUUACUCAUUUUCCUUUAGGAAGUUGAAUGUUUUAUACGUUGCUGGUGGUGUCCUUGGGAUUCAUUGUUUUGUCUGUGCUUUUCUACUAAAUUGACUAAAAUGAGUGGGCGAAAGUGAACAACUGUGGUCUGUCUGUUGAUGGAUCCGUCUCCUUGACGAUGCCCAAGGGGUGUGCCACUCGUAUGUCAAGAGUGCCUGAAACCAGGCCAUCUUGACAAAGUAUUCAAUUGGAGGCGUCCAGGUAUGUCAGGUUCAUUUGUAUUUGUCACAUCCAAUCUAAAACCUGAACCUUUAAUCUGAAGGGACUCUUUCAGCAUUUGAAUUAAAUCCACUAUUAAGUUGAUUUCAUUCAUCUCCAAAAUUGCUUUUCAAGGCAUCUAUACAAAGUGCCAGUCAAACACCGGAUUUCCGCACAGGAUAUGCAUUCUCCUGCCUUAGUGUACUUGGUUGAAAGUGUAUGACCUAGGCCAUGCAUUUUUACAAUGAUGUUAAUGAAAUGGCUGAGCAGAUAGCUUAGUUUGGGUCAAUGAGGGUCUGAGACUGUAGAAGGAACUGUUGUCUAUUUUCAUAAUGCCUUAAUCUAUAUCCCUCACGGCAGCAGGCCACAAAUGCAAAAGGUCCCUUAAGAACAGUGGUAUUCAAACUUUUUCAGUGGGGCACACAUUUUUUUCCCAAGAAUUUCUUGCGACCCCACCUCAAAUAUAAUGGCACAACCUUAAAAUGAUUACGUUUAUUACAUCAACAAUAACCCAUAAAUUCAUUGCAUUUUCCUCAUAUACAGAAACCAAUAAAUACAUUUACCCAAUAAAAUUAUAUUUUCUGAUUAUCUUUCUCAGAAAAUGUUUAAUAUUGUUCCAUACAAUAAUCUGUACUCAUGUUUUGUUCCUAAUAUACAUCUAUACACUGAUUGAGUGUAAAAAACAUUAGGAACACCUGCUCUUUCCAUGACAUAGACUGACCAGGUGAAUAAAGGUGAAAGCUAUGAUC